AUGGGGGAAAUUGUUGAUCUAUCAGCUAAAUUGGACAAGGUACUUGAUUUGGCACCUCCAAGUUUGGAUGAAUUGAAAGCAGUGAUCGAGAAUGGAUUGCAUGAUUAUUUCGUGGAGAGCUCAGUCACUAUUACGGAUUGCCCAGGUACAAUAUGUGCUUGACAACGCGUUGUCGUUUUUUCAUUUGCCUUCUUUCAACCAAAGACGGUUUAGAAACAUAGGAGUAUAGGACACGGCAAUACGUCUAUCUUUAAGGAGGCACUUUAAAGAUAAUGUUGCACGUGACCUUUUAGUAUUCGUUAUAAAAAAUAAAAUACCGUUUAUGAACAAUCGCAGGGUGAGUCCGAAAAUUUUGCGAUCGCACCCCCACGACGUCGGCGAAAAAAAUUCUACGAGCUUUAUCGACUGUUAUCGUAUGUCCGUUUCGUUGAAACGGGUGUCCAUUGUGACAAACAUGUUUACUGGCUGUAAAUGUGGUCUUAUCUACAAAUACCAAUUUCCUGGUGAUAGUACUCACUUAUCUUACUUGUUUAGACUUCAAAACCGAGCCGUACAACUUGGAGGGGAGUGGUCUUAGCCCGGAUCUGAGAAUUGUCGAUUGCGGAGGGCAUGGAAACUUCUUCCCCAAAUUCCAACGGCACAAACAGUUUGAUCUAAAGGUAAAGAACCAAACAAAACUUCCAAGACCUUUAAGAAAAUUUCAAAAACUUCCGAGUUGCCUCAGGGCUGGAUCUUUGGCCCAGGCGCUGCACCCAGGGAGACAGUUGGAGUAAACGCCGAGCUUGUGGCCAAUGCUAAUUUCAAUACGAACAAGGUAAGAUGACAGUAAAACAAGCAAUUCUGCUCAGGUCAAUUGUUAUAAUGGUCGGCUGACUCCAGAUGGGAAAGGAUAUUUGGAAGGGACUCAUUCUGAUACAUGCUUCAAGAUGAUUGCAAAUCUAGCGUUGUGUUCGGACGAGGCGGGUCAUCGUGUUUGUAAGUGACGUCAUAAGAAAUACGGUUUUUGAAGUGAGGAUCUCGGCCAAGAAACGAACGGGAGAUGGGAGUUUCACGGAGAUUAUUCAAAAGAUUUUGGCCUCACAUUACCGCAAUAAACUGGUUUGCUUAGCCGGGAUUUGGCGCUUCGAGAAAGGCCGUGGUUAUUUCCACAUCGUUCCAGAUUAUCCGGAGAAAGAUUUUGAAAAACUGGAUGACGUGAGUUGUUUCCUUUCUAAGUCAUGUUUAGAUUUGGAAAAACUGGCUCCACUUCUUCGAACUCCCGGCUCCUAUGACCAUGACUACCGUAAUCCAUAGUAAUGAUAUUGGGUUGGAUGUCCCAGUUGAGCAUACGCACGGAUUCAGUGGGCGGGGUCAUUGCGGACAUUAUCAUGGGGAUGUUACCCCAAGUGAGGCCGUUUAUGAUGGCUAUUUCUUGCCUGCCACCAAGUUGUAUAGAAUCGACAACACCAAACAUCUUUCAUGA